CGCGGCCCGGCGGACUGCCCCGCGCGGCCGCCUCGCCAGCGCCCACCUCGGCCCCAUAGGCCCGGUGUGCGGCGCAGCCCGGGAGGCCGCCGUCCCGCGUCCGCGCCGGCCGGGAGCGAGGCAAGGCCGCCCGCGAUGCUGCUCUCCAAGUUCGGCUCCCUGGCGCACCUCUGCGGGCCUGGCGGCGUGGAGCACCUCCCGGUGAAGCUCCUGCAGCCAGCCAAAGCAGACAAGGAGAUUUUCGAGAAGCUGUACCAGGUGGGCGCCGUGCUGGGCAGCGGCGGCUUCGGCACGGUCUACGCGGGCAGCCGCCUCGCCGACGGGCUCCCGGUGGCCGUGAAGCACGUGGUGAAGGAGCGAGUGACCGAGUGGGGCAGCCUCGUAAGUGCAGGCGCGGGCGAGGCUCGGCGUCAUCCCCAUUCGUGGCCCGGCGGUGAUCGCCAUACCUUCCCCGCGCCUGGGGAUGACCGCUCCGUCUCCUCCCCGCCUACUGUUGACCGUCUCCCCUGCCCGCGUCUACCCCCACGCGACCCGAAUUUCGGGCCCGCGCCGACUCCCUGCCCCCUGCGUUCCCAGGGCGGCGCCGUGGUGCCCCUGGAGGUCGUGCUGCUGCGCAAGGUGGGCGCGGCAGGUGGCGCGCGCGGCGUGAUCCGACUGCUGGACUGGUUCGAGCGGCCUGACGGCUUCUUGCUGGUGCUGGAGCGGCCAGAGCCCGCGCAGGACCUCUUCGACUUCAUCACGGAGCGUGGUGCUCUGGACGAGCCGCUGGCCCGUCGCUUUUUCGCGCAAGUGCUGGCCGCCGUGCGCCACUGCCACGGCUGCGGGGUGGUGCACCGCGACAUCAAGGACGAGAACCUGCUGGUGGAUCUACGAGCAGGCGAGAUCAAGCUCAUCGACUUUGGCUCGGGCGCACUGCUCAAGGACACCGUCUAUACCGAUUUCGACGGCACUCGGGUGUACAGCCCCCCCGAGUGGAUUCGUUACCACCGCUACCACGGACGUUCGGCCACCGUGUGGUCCCUGGGAGUGCUCCUCUAUGACAUGGUGUGUGGCGACAUCCCCUUCGAGCAGGAUGAGGAGAUCCUACAGGGCCGCCUGUUCUUCCGAAGGAGAGUCUCCCCAGAGUGCCAGCAGCUCAUCGAGUGGUGUCUGUCCCUGCGACCCUCUGAACGGCCUUCCCUGGACCAGAUCGCCGCCCACCCCUGGAUGCUAGGGGAAGAGGGGGGCACCCCGGAGAGCUGCGAUCUAAGGCUUUGUGCUCUGGACACUGAAGAUGGUGCCAGCACCACAUCUAGCAGUGAGAGCUUGUGAGAAGGGCCUGGGCUCCCUGGAGUACAGACCACAGCUGCCUGACUCCUCUUGCAAAGCAGUGACCUCUGAUCCCUGGUGACCUCUGCCCUUGGCACCGGGCCUGUUUCCUUUGCUUUGAGUGCCUUUUUGAACGCUGCUCCACAGGACUGGGUCUGUCCAAAGACUGCUCUGGGUAAAGCGAGGUCCCACCUGCAGGGGGUUCAUACUUGGACUGGAGACCCCUGCAGUGCUGCUGGGUCUAGGAGGCAGCCUGCCUGUGUGACCGAGUCUGGCCUGGAGCACUGGUUGUGGGCACAGUGUCCCUGUGCCCACCUCCCACCUUUUCUCAUGGUGUCCUCCGGGCAUGCCCACGCACAAGCAAUGCAAGUCGGGCCUCUGCCGCCCACGCCUCAAGAGCUGUGUCCUCAUGCUAGCGUCUUAUUUAUGGUGUGACUCCUCCGGGCACCUGCCCACCCGCUGGGGCUAUUUAUUGUUUAAUUUAUUUGUCAAGGUUACUUCCUCCAGCAGCCCUGCCUCAGGCCCCUGGGGCUGAGAAGAGGCAAGGGGGCCAUUUGUCCCCAUUUCAUGGCUGCCCCACCCUUUGAGAGGAAGAAUUGUACAGUGGCUAAUUUAAGGGGAGUAGGGUAAACCCCACCCUGGGCACUCUGCGUUGGGGGUGGGUUUUAAAUUAUUGACCCGUGUACAGUCUGCUUGUUGGCUCUGAAAGUUGGGGGUGGAGGACAGAGUCUCAAGCCCUUAAUUUAUUUUAGUGGCCGUGUUUCUGUGACCCCGGUGUGAUAGGCAUCGGGAGGGGGGUUCUUUCAGUUUAACAGUGUGAGAUGUCUGGAGAUCAUAUUUUUUAUACAGGUAUUUCAAUUAAAUUUUUUUUGUAUAUAACAA